AUGGGACCAGUCUCUUUUCUUCCCAAGUAUCAGAAGUUAAGCACUUGGAAAGGAGAUUUGGCCAAGAUGACCCAUUUACAGGCUGGACUCAGCCCAGAGACUAUAGAGAAAGCUCGCCUAGAACUGAAUGAAAACCCAGAUGUUUUACACCAGGAUAUUCAGCAAGUCAGGGACAUGAUCAUCACCAGGCCUGACAUUGGAUUUUUACGCACAGAUGAUGCCUUCAUCCUGAGAUUUCUCCGAGCCAGGAAGUUUCACCAAGCAGAUGCCUUUAGACUCCUGGCGCAGUACUUCCAGUACCGCCAGCUAAACCUGGACAUGUUCAAAAACUUCAAGGCUGAUGAUCCUGGCAUUAAGAGGGCCCUCAUCGACGGGUUCCCCGGAGUGCUGGAAAACCGCGAUCACUAUGGCAGGAAGAUUCUUCUGCUGUUUGCAGCCAAUUGGGAUCAGAGUAGGAACUCCUUCACAGACAUCCUCCGGGCCAUCCUGCUGUCAUUGGAAGUCCUUAUUGAAGAUCUGGAGCUUCAGAUAAAUGGUUUCAUUUUAAUUAUAGACUGGAGUAAUUUUUCCUUCAAACAAGCCUCCAAACUGACACCAUCAAUCCUCAAACUGGCCAUUGAAGGGUUGCAGGACAGCUUUCCUGCCCGCUUCGGAGGAGUCCAUUUUGUCAACCAGCCCUGGUACAUUCACGCCCUGUACACACUCAUCAAGCCAUUCCUUAAAGACAAGACCAGGAAACGGAUUUUCCUGCAUGGAAACAACUUAAACAGCCUCCACCAGCUAAUACACCCUGAAUUUUUGCCAUCUGAAUUUGGAGGAACCCUUCCUCCUUAUGACAUGGGAACUUGGGCCCGGACGUUACUCGGUCCUGACUACAGCGAUGAAAAUGACUACACUCACACUUCCUAUAAUGCAAUGCACGUGAAACACACAUCGUCCAAUCUGGAGAGAGAGUGUUCACCCAAGCCGAUGAAGAGAUCUCAGUCUGUGGUAGAAGCUGGGACCCUGAAACACGAGGACAAGGGAGAGAAUGAGAACACUCAGCCACUCCUGGCUCUGGACUGA